AGAUUUUCAACGGGAAUGUACUUUGUGACGUUAUUAUGUCAUCAACUUCAUAUUCCCGCUAUCGUAGAUUAAGUGGGUUUAUAAAGAAGAUAUUCGUCGUUUACUAAUUGAUAAUCGUUUUAAUAUUGUGAAUUCAUUUGUGAAGAAUCAUAACUUUAAAAACCCGUAGAUUUUUUUCAAUUUUAAAAUAUAUAAUAAAAAAAAUUAUUUCAAAGUGACAUUUGACAAGUCUUUUUGACAGAAAGGAGCAAUUUGCCUAUAUUGCCGUGAAAUUACAUGUGGUGUAGAACCGUUUUGUGAAGCCGGUUAAUUUUGUAAGACAAAAAAAGAGAAUUCGUGGCUUUUGAUAGUUCGUAAAAGAUAUCAAAAUGCACCAAGAAACGUUACAACUCAUCCAGAUAUUAGAAAAAACAGUUUCUCCAGACAAAAAUGAACUCGAACAAGCAUCGUCUUUCCUUGAACAAGCAUCCGCAACGAAUUUAUUAGGAUUUAUAAAGACUUUAUCAGAUAUUUUAAGACAUGGCGGAAACAGUCCCGUCGCUCGUAUGGCGGCGGGUUUACAACUAAAAAAUCAACUAACCUCGAAAGAUCCUUCUAUAAAAAUAACUUAUCAACAGCGUUGGUUAGCUUUCCCGGAAGACAUUAGAGAUUAUAUAAAGAAGAAUGUCGUGGGGGCGCUGGGUACUGAAACUAACAGACCGUCUUCGGCGGCUCAAUGUGUAGCGUAUAUAGCGGUGGCGGAAUUACCGCAAAGACAAUGGCCGGAUUUAAUAGCGAACUUGGUAAGCAACGUCUGCCAAGGCAAUUCGACGGAAAUGCAAAAAGAAGCUACAUUAGAAGCUAUAGGUUACAUAUGUCAAGAAAUCGAUUCGGACGUAUUAGUAUCCCAAUCUAACGAUAUACUAACCGCCAUAGUACACGGAAUGCGAGCCUCGGAACCAAGUAAUCACGUACGUUUGGCCGCUACUCAAGCCCUACUAAAUUCCUUGGAAUUUACAAAAGCCAAUUUCGAUCAACCGACUGAAAGGAAUUACAUCAUGGAAGUAGUUUGUGAAGCGACCCAAUCUCCGGAUUCCCAAAUCAAAGUGGCCGCUCUACAAUGUUUAGUUAAAAUUAUGUCUUUGUAUUAUCAACAUAUGGAAACUUAUAUGGCGCCGGCACUUUUCCCCAUCACCUUGGAAGCCAUGAAAUCUGAAAACGAUGCCGUAGCUCUACAGGGUAUUGAAUUUUGGUCGAACGUCAGCGACGAAGAAGUUGAUUUAGCCAUCGAGGACACUGAAGCUACCGAAGCCGGACGACCGCCUACGAGAUCUUCGAGGCAUUACGCCAAAGGUGCUCUCCAAUAUAUAGUUCCGAUACUUUUACAAAAAUUAACCAAACAAGAGGAAUUGGACGAUGAGGACGAUUGGAAUCCUAGUAAAGCUGCCGGGGUGUGUCUGAUGCUUCUAUCUACUUGUUGCGAAGAUGAAAUAGUACCGCACGUUUUGCCUUUUAUUAAAGAAAAUAUCAAAUCUAGUAAUUGGCGUUUCCGUGAUGCUUCUCUGAUGGCGUUCGGCUCCAUUCUGGGCGGAUUAGAAAGCAACACUUUGAGGCCCCUCGUAGAACAAGCAAUGUCGACAUUAAUAGACCUGAUGUACGACAGCAACGUCAUCGUGCGAGAUACAGCGGCUUGGACUUUUGGUAGAAUAUGCGAAAUCAUCCCCGAAGCGGCUUUGAAUGAAAACUUUUUGAAACCGUUACUUGAAAGUUUGAUUACCGGUUUGAAAGCUGAACCGCGUGUAGCCGCUAACGUAUGUUGGGCUUUUUCGGGACUAGCUGAAGCCGCUUACGAAAGCGCUGAUUGUAUAGAAGAAUCCGGUACACCCGAAACUUACGUCUUGUCGCAAUAUUUCGAAUUCAUAAUACAGAGAUUAUUGGAAACGACAGAUAGACCGGACGGUGCACAAGCUAAUUUACGUCCUGCCGCUUACGAAGCCCUAAUGGAAAUGGUUAAAAAUUCCCCGAAAGAUUGUUACGUUACCGUACAAAAAACCACCAUGGUGAUUUUGGACAGGUUGCAACAAGUAUUGCAAAUGGAAACUCACAUCAACAGUCAUAACGACAGAUCUCAAUUCAACGAUCUCCAAAGUCUUUUGUGCGGUACCCUUCAAUCGGUACUUAGGAAAGUCACCCCGGAAGACGCUCCCCAUAUAUCCGAUGCCAUUAUGACCGCUAUGUUGACCAUGUUCAAUUCUAAUUCCUGCAAAAGCGGUGGUGUACAAGAAGACGCUUUGAUGGCGGUAUCAACAUUAGUGGAAGUCCUAGGGGAAAAUUUCAUAAAAUACAUGGACGCCUUCAAACCGUUUCUCUAUCUCGGUCUAAAGAACCACCAAGAAUACCAAGUGUGCGGCACCGCAGUCGGUCUAACCGGCGACAUAUUCAGAGCGUUGAAAUUGAAAAUAUUACCGUACUGCGACGAAAUAAUGACCAUCCUAUUGGAAAAUCUCCGAGACCAAUCUGUCCACCGUAGCGUAAAACCCCAGAUACUAUCCGUAUUCGGCGACAUCGGACUCAGCAUCGGUUCCGAAUUCAAGAAAUAUUUGGACGUCGUUCUAUCGACGUUGGCGCAAGCUUCCCAAGCCCAAGUCGAUCGCACCGAUUUCGAUAUGAUCGAAUAUCUGAACGAGUUGCGGGAAGGGGUGUUGGACGCUUACACCGGCAUAUUGCAGGGUCUGAAGGGCGACGGACCGACGCCCAAUCCCGAAGUUAUGAUACUCGAACCGCACAUUCCGUUUAUCGUUCAAUUUAUAACUGUGGUAGCUCAGGAUAGCGAACAUUCCGAUGGUACUGUCGCCGUUGCCGCCGGUAUGGUCGGGGAUUUGUGUACGGCCUUCGGGGCGCCUAUGGUUCAGUUAUUGGAUCUGGAACCGAUUAAUGAUAUGUUGUCGCAAGGUAGACGUAGCAGGGUUAACAGGACUAAGACGUUGGCCAAUUGGGCCUGCAAGGAAAUGAGGAAACUUAAGGUCGCCGCUACUACGGCGGCUGCCGCUAGCUGAUUUUUCUUGGUCGCUUAGAAACAACAAAGAGAAUUUCUACAUCAUCCUCAAAAAAAAACCAAAAAAUUCUCAUGUCGAUGUAUAUUCAAAAUUUUCAAAAAUUGGUAUAAAUAUUGUUCAAUUUAAAUCCGUGACAAUUGCGUUGCUAAACUCAGGUAUAAUAUUAAUUAAAAAAAAAACAAAAAUUGAGAAAGAAAGUAUCGAUCAACAUGGGAGUUUUUCUUAAUAUUCAGAUUAAUUGAUACUGAUUGAUCAUCUACAUGUGUGCUGUGCUAUAGAAGAAACAACUACGGAAAACUGUACACGGUGAUAUAUAUAAUUUUAAAUAGCAAAAAAAAUGAACGCUUUGUAUAUAGUGUCUGUUCUAGUGCGCGUCGGCAGACUUUUCAGCUCAAGACUGAUGAAAAAAAAGUGAUGACAUUUCAGUAUCACUUGGUGCGUCAGUUCAUCAUUUUUAAGUAAUGUAACUUGAUAAAAAUAAAGAAUCUUUUCUAUA